CAGAUUCGCGAGGUAUUUGUUGCGGCGGUGCUCGCUCUGCGCAAUGCGGGCGUGGAUUUGCCUCCCCUGUGACAGAUCCCGGCAGUUCUUGAGCAGUGCUCCGCAGGAGAGCAAGCAAUCCUCUGAGGUGACUGUGGAAAUCACGAAAUUGGGGAAGAGCAAUGCCAUAAACUUUGCUGGAUCUCACACGCAUUCGCGAUUCGCGAGGUAUUCCUUGCGAGAAUCCGGGCGCGACCUCCACAGCUCUUGAGAAUCCUGGACGGAGAAAGAACAUUCCAAUCUAGCUUGGAGAUCACGGCUAAGAAGAAGAAGAUAAUCCAUCUUGCCUUGCAAGAACAAGGACACCCUGGAAGAAGCAAAGAUUUUACUCUCUGGUGACAAUUCCUCUACUCCACUGGGCUUAUAAGAUUGGCUCUCUCCUCCAUUCUCUAUAGCUAUGAAUUUCCAUCUCUCUUUCUUGCUCCUCGAGAUACUAGUGUUCUAGGGAGCUGUCGCUCUAAAUUCGCCCCCAUCGCUCCCUCUCCGCCCAAUUCCCUCAUGGCGCCAGCUCCAGUUCCACUCGCGCCGCCUCUCGAUGUUCUUCCACUUCGGCGUCAACACACUCACGGACUCGGAGCGUGGAUCCGGCCACGAAUCGCCCUCCAUCUUCAACCCGGAGCGAUUGAAUGCGUCGCAGUGGAUGGACGCGGCCCAAUCCACGGGCGCGCAGCUCAUGAUCCUCACGGUCAAGCACCACGACGGGUUCUGCCUGUGGCCCUCGGCCUACACCAAUUUCUCCGUGGCUAGCAGCUCUUGGCGAGGAGGGAAGGGGGAUGUGGUGGCCGAGUUCGUGGCCACCGCCAGGGAGCAUGGAUUGGACGUGAGCUUUUACCUCUCGCCAUGGGAUUUGCACGAGAGCUGCUAUGGCGACACUCUUCUCUACAACGAGUUCUACUUGGCUCAGCUCCGAGAGCUUCUUACUGGAUAUGGGCCAAUCUCCAAGGUGUGGCUGGAUGGUGUGAAAUCAUCCACUGCAGUGAACAUGAGCUACGAUUUUGAGCUCUGGUUUGACACGAUUCAUCAGCUGCAACCCGGUGCCAACAUCUUUUCUGAUGUUGGCCCCGACAUCCAAUGGGUUGGGAACGUGUUGGGGGAAGGAGGGGCACCUCCCCCAACGUUUGUUCAAACAUGAGAAAUGCUUUAAUGCUCUCUGCAAAUGCCUUGCAAGGGUUUUAUACAAAGAAAAUGGGGAAUAUUCUAAGGACUAAAAUA